GCGCACGCACAAACACACAUACAGACACACACCUUGGCUGGGCUGGUGUGCUGGCCUGAACACUUACAGACAGGGAAGUUUCUGCGCGCACAGGACCGUCUGCGGUGCACUUGUUAUCACAACAGAGAUGAUUGAAACCUGACCUGGAUUUCUGACUGUGCGAGGAAUAACCUUCCCUGCAGGAGGCUUCUAGUCCAGAGCUGCCGGAUCCCUUCUGUGCCAACACAGAGAGGGGAUUUGGGUGUUUGCGCUGCACUGGCGGGAGUUCAAGUCCUCCACGGCGGGAUACAAAAAGCAGCCUCUGUUUACACAGACUCAUCGCGCUGCCUCUUUCAUCCUUACCUCUGUCCUGGCUUCUCAUUAUUUGCCUCCUCGCUCCUGUCCUCGAGGGAACUUUAAAUCCCUUUUACAGCGCCCAUCAGCUCAUCUCGCCACCCAUUUACCCAUCUCAUAAUGAACUCCUCUGCCUCCAUUACGUCCCUGUUCUCCUUCACCAGCCCAGCGGUGAAGCGCCUGCUCGGCUGGAAACAAGGGGAUGAGGAGGAGAAGUGGGCGGAAAAGGCUGUGGACUCUCUAGUGAAGAAAUUAAAGAAGAAGAAAGGGGCCAUGGAGGAGCUGGAGAGAGCCCUCAGCUGCCCCGGGCAACCCAGCAAGUGCGUGACGAUCCCCCGGUCGCUGGACGGGAGGCUGCAGGUGUCCCACAGGAAGGGUCUGCCCCACGUCAUCUACUGCAGGGUGUGGCGCUGGCCCGACCUGCAGUCCCACCACGAGCUGAAGGCCCUGGAGUGCUGCGAGUUCCCCUUCGGCUCCAAGCAGAAGGACAUCUGCGUCAACCCCUACCACUACAGGCGCGUGGAGACUCCAGUGCUGCCUCCGGUUCUGGUCCCACGCCACAGCGAGUUCAACCCCCAGCACAGCUUGCUGGCAAAGUUCAGGAACGCCUCCCUGCACAACGAGCCUCUGAUGCCCCAGAACGCCACCUACCCAGACUCCUUCCCUCCACUGCCCUGCUCCUCCUUCUCCUCCUCCCCUUCCUCCUCCCUCGCCCAGUCUCCCACCUCCCAGAGUUACCCCAACUCCCCCAACAGCUCCGCGGAGCCCGGCAGUCCGUAUCACAUUGCAGCUGAGACUCCCCCGCCUCCGUACAGCAUGAUGGAGAGCAGCCCGCCAGAGGAUGUGAAGCCCAGCAACUCCACAGAAACCAUCAAACUGACAUUUUCCGCUCCACACAGAGAUUUACGGCCCGUGUGUUACGAGGAACCAGAGUACUGGUGUUCGGUAGCUUACUACGAGCUCAACAACCGGGUCGGCGAGACUUUCCACGCGUCGUCCCGCAGCGUCCUGGUGGACGGCUUCACAGACCCAUCCAACAACAAGAACCGCUUCUGCCUCGGCCUGCUUUCCAACGUCAACCGCAACUCCACCAUCGAGCACACACGCAGGCACAUAGGCAAAGGCUUGCAUCUAUACUACGUCGGCGGCGAGGUGUACGCAGAGUGUCUGAGCGACAGCAGCAUCUUCGUCCAGAGCCGUAACUGUAACUUCCAGCAUGGCUUCCACGCCACCACCGUGUGCAAGAUCCCCAGCGGCUGCAGCCUCAAGAUCUUUAACAACCAGCUGUUCGCCCAGCUCCUCGCCCAGUCUGUCAACCACGGCUUUGAGGUCGUCUACGAGCUCACUAAGAUGUGUACCAUCCGCAUGAGCUUUGUCAAGGGCUGGGGUGCUGAAUACCACCGUCAAGAUGUGACCAGCACCCCCUGCUGGAUCGAGGUACACCUGCACGGGCCCCUGCAAUGGCUGGACAAGGUCCUCACGCAGAUGGGCUCCCCGCACAACCCUAUUUCUUCAGUGUCAUAACACACACUCACACAGGUAGUCGUAGGUUCUGUAUAUUCUGCUAUGUCCAGAUUUUCUGUCCUAUGGUCCCUCUCCUGACCUCUCAAACAAAAUAACAAAAAUAUGUUAGCCAGAGCUGUGUCGCAUCAUGCUGCAUAACUGAAAAUCACAGAGGAUACGCAGACAAUUUACAGCUCAUGUAGUUAAAUGAUCAAGUGUUCCUUAAUUUUAGUAAGACUAUGAUAAAGCAUUUAUCCUCUCUGAUUUCAUCGGGACGUUAACUGCACUCCAAGACAAGAAAAAAUGGGAUAUAUUUAUAGGUACUCAAAGACUUGUUAUUAUGUGUUGUAAAUGUUAUUCUGGUAGUAUGUACUGUAUGUCCAUGUGUUGACUGAUGUCUGACUUUGUGUACUGGUUGCUUUUUACUUGGUCCAUUAAAGUUGUUUUUUCUU